ACGAAGGAAUUUUCGAGAUUCUUACAUCUGUUGCACCGGCUUGGUACCCCUCCUGCUCUUCGCCGUGGAACUGCCAUGGUCCCUUACUUUGUGACGCUUCAAGAAACAUCACAGCGUCAUUAAGCAUCGCAUUAACAAUUGGGAUCAAGACAGAGAUAACGACUUUGGAUCACACACCUUUCAAAGAUGCAUCUCGGAGUUACAGGAGACUAUUCCCGAGGGAUAACGAGAAACGAGGACUGUUCUGUCGCACAACGGGGAACUCUUGCAUCGUGUGCAGAUCUUCGGGUAUGCGGAAGACACAACGCAGCCGUCGGGCGACAGUGAUUGAGAGAAUCCGGCCAACUUCAAAUAGGAAAACCGACUCACAGAUGUUAAAAUGUCUCAACCAGAACUGAUUAGCGAUCUGGACGUACCUGAAAAUCCACAGCACCCCUGUCAAUGUUCCACGAUUAACAAUUUGGAUUCUAUAAGAACACCGAGGGAUAGAAUGGAAAGGAAUAUGAAUAGCUCCAGGAUCUCUAACAAUCAAGAUCUCCCGCGAAAUUUAGAAACCUUACAGAAUGUUUUCGAACCGAUACGAAGGUUGGAGAGUCCCCAUCAAGAUAAAUCGCAGAUCAAUUUGGACAAUACUAGAAACGUUGAUCUUCUGGAACAUCAAGCAAAUAUAUCGUCUAAUUCUAGAUCCAUGAAUAAUCAGAAUUCGUUGUUAUCUCUUCAUGGACAUAAUCUUUCGUGCAGUCCUCGUAACUUGGAUCUAUCUCGCAAUUUGGCUUUUGAAGCGGCCCGGAGGGUCCAGGAAACCUCGAGUCUGCAGGACAAUCAGCAUAAUCACAGUUUGACCUCGAGUCCUAGUCCAUUGCUAGAGACAGGGCCGAAUGUACUUGAGACGACCAGUAAAGAAUUAGAUAAACAGCUGGAGGAUCACGCCGGCUUGUCGCCGCAGAAACAAGGCUCGAGCAAGGAGAAACUGAAAAACGUGCAGCAGGUGUUGAAUCCUUAUCAGCAUCAUCACGAAGCGAUGGAGCGUGGAGUCCAUGGACACUUUCAUAACGACAUACACAGUCAUAUUCACAAGCACGCCGACAAUUUUAGGAAUAACACAAAUCUGGACGAAAGCUUGAUAGGCUUUCAGCAACAUCAGCGACAGCACACACAUUAUCAUCACAACAACGCAAAGACGAACGUCACUCAUCACCACACAUCCGGAGUACAUCACUCACACACGCAAGGAAUGACUGGACAUCAUCAUGGAAGUCAUCCGGCAACUAGUCUUACUAACCAUGUCCAUGGAAAUUCUGGUUCUCUAAACGGAUCUGGAUCCGGUUCCAUGAAUCAAACCAGUUCCGUCACCUCCAUCGGACACCACCAUCCAACAUCCAUGCCUAUAGCGACUACGAUAAACCACCUGAACUCCCCGCACAGUCAUCAUCGGCUCAACGCUGGUUCCAGCUUGGCUCACCAUUCGAACUCUACCUUUCCCAGCGAUCAUCAUGGCACUUCGGGUGCUCUAAGCGGCGCGUCAUCGAAUUCGAGCAUGAUGAACCACGGUGGAUCGCCUACGGUGCACCGGCACGUAGUCAAUGUUACCAGCAGCUUAUCGACGACACCCUUGGGUGGUCAUCAUCACGGCAGCUCGUCGGGUAGUUUAACCGGUCAUUCUAGCGUGAACCAUCAUCACGUCAGCUCCGGUAUAUCAUGCGAGUCCUCGUCGUCGAAUGCUAAUACUAGGACGCACAGCAGGUUAGAUCACGUCCACGAUCAUCAUCAUCUCCUACAAUCGGUGCACCCGUUGCACGCGAAUCAUCCCGAUACCAGACCGAGAGAUCGAGCGCCUUCUAGUUUGGAUCAUCAUGGACAUCUCCAUGGUCAUGUGCACAAUCACAGCCACCCGCACGGGCAGAGCGACACUAAAAACGCGUCUCUUAUAGGCAUCGACGCUAUUCAGGUCUCAGCUCCAACGAAGAACAAAUGUCAAUGUCACGUAAUGCAAUCCGGAGGAAACAACGGAGGAACUGAGGGCGAGAGUGACGGGGGCGUCGAAGUGGCAUCAAGAACACAUCAACCCCCUGCUCUUCCACCACGUCCGCCACCGAGACCAACGAGACGUUACGAGACGACUACUGCCAAUCAAUGUCACACUGGCGAUGGUGGUUGCUGCAAAAAGUACGUUGUCCUUUGCUAUCUCUGUGGUGGAUUGAGCGCGGCAGUCGGCAGCCUUUUUUUGGCGGUACACGCAAUCCUUUCGGCCCACACGGAUAGUUUAGCGCUCUUCGAGACCGUGCCGUCUUACAUUCCCGGAAUUAUGUUGAUCCUGAUGGGUUUCUUCACAAUGCUAUUGGCUAGACGAAAGCACAGAUACGGACUUCUAAUGAAAGUCUGCGGUUCUGUGGGAGUGGUGUGCGCGCUGGUGUGCGUGCUCGUCACCGUCACAACUACGGUAAUUCACAUGUCCCGAUUGCAAAACCUUCGCGAGUGCGUUUACACUGCGCGAGCGAGAUCAUGCACAUGUUACGGCGCGCCGCAAUCGAAGGGAGAUCCCGGUGUGCUUUUCGAGGGGACUCCUCACUGCGAAGCGGUGCACGGCGCAUUGUCAGAUUGCCUAAGGGCCCUUUUCGGCGUCUCGGUGGCCGGUAUAUUGGCCUGCAUAUUCUCGUGCAUGCUGGUAUAUCAAUUGUUGAGCCACGAGAAGAAGAAGAUGUACUGGGAGCAGUUGGAGCUGAGAUGCAGAUCAUUGUAUGGUCAAGGCAGCACCGUGGGACCGCCGGCUGGGUCCUGCGGAUGCUGUAACGAUUGCGGAGGUGCGAAUCCGUGGUGGGCCCAAACACCUGGAAAUCUAUACACGCCGAAUCCUGAUAUGGCGCCAUCCAGGAGAUGGCGAUUACCUUGGUCGAGAUCGAGAGGUCCAGCACCGAGCCCAGAUUCGAAUUAUGGUUUUCACACGCAAACACGGCCAACAGAAACCAAUGUAGAGAGCGGAACCGGCCCUUACAGUGUCUUUAACUCGCAGUCGAGUGGUCCUUAUUCCGUUUUAAAUGCUCCGAGUGCUCCAUACACUCCGAGCACCGCGUCAUACAGCGUUCUAGAAACUCCAGUGCCAUUGUGGGGACCGCCACCUCCAUACAGCGAUCCUAACAGUCCUGCCAGACGACCGCAAAUGACCGAAUCGAGAACCAGAAUUGCCAAGAGGAUGGAUAACUUUGAAAAUAACGAAGACCAUAGACCGAGACCUGCGAAGCGUCCUUCCGAUAAUUACGAGAACGCCGAGGAGAUCUCUAAUAGCACAGAUCCUGAGGGCGGGAACGAGGGAACCAUCAAAGGUAGGAGAGCUAGAAAGCCUUUGAAGGGCGUAGAAAAUGGGGCGUUUCAACAAGAAACUAAUCCCGGCCCGAAACAAUCUGAGAGCGAACUGUAUUUCGGUGACGUGUCCUCAUGCUGCGGACCCGAGAGUAGUUUUUACGAUCUAGCUGUGGAAAAAGAAGGUGCAGAACAUCCGGAAGGCGUAGACUAUCUGGCGACUAGGCUGGGCAAGCGUCAACUAUCGAAGAGAUCUCGAUUGCCUCUUCCUUUGCCUGCGGACAACGGCGAUAUUCCCUGUGAUAAUUAUGCGAACAGCGACGAACCGAGAAGCGCGAGAGGUCCGUUUCUCGCUCCUGACGCACAAUAUGAGGUGAUUCAACAAGGUCGCUACUCCUAUUACGGGUCGAAAAAUGACGAGGAACAGGAAGGUCCGCCCAGUUCCAGUUACUUUCGAGAAGAGGAGAACGAAAGGGGGCGUGAAAGGGAUUAUAGGGAUUACAGAAACAAUCAGGAGGAGGAAACGCCACAGUGUUGUUUGAGCGAUUCGACGACUCUAGACUCUGGUUGGCAAAGCGGGGAGCAACAGCAAUCGGACGAUAAUGUCCGACCGGUGAACGUGUGAUCUUAGACCCGUAAGAUUCUUAGCGAAAACGAUAAAACAUUGAUUUCCUGCCAGGAAAUGUUAUAUGAAAACCAUUAAAUUAAAGUAGCGAAGAAAAUGCCCGACAAUAGCUUUUGAUCUGUAAAUAAUUUAGAUCGAUCGUAUGUAGGUCUUGUUCUGAAAUAAACAAAGCGACUGAAAUUGCUGGGAUUCAAUCCUUUGAACUUAAUUGACGGAAUAGAGAAAUUAAGGAGAAAGUAGUUUGAGUUCGGCAGAUAUGAUCCUAGUUGGUUGAUAACAGGUUCGCUUUUGAAAAGUGUAGUUAAACUUAAUUAAAAAGUUAAUGCACUAAGUUUAAAUAACGUAAUGUGAAAUACUCUCGAUGUGCGUGUCAGUUCAUAUCGAUUUUCCUUUUUCUGAAAAAAGCAGAAUUACUAAAAAGAUUUAUUUAAUGAUAACAUUUCGCGCUUUUUAAAUUAAAAAUAGUAAUGAAUGUGAUGCA